AAAAAAAAAAAAAAAAGCCAAAUCAACCAACACAACAUAAUUGCGAAGGGCUUGAUCCGGGCGGCGGAGAACAAUACUCGCCGGGAAAGUUGCUGCGCGGCUCGGGCGGGAGCGGCGGGAGGAAAAUGCCGCAGCUGGGCAGCGGCGGCGGGGACGACCUGGGGGCCACGGACGAGAUGUUGGCCUUCAAGGACGAGGGCGAGCAGGAAGAGAAGAUCCCCGAGAACGCCUUCACCGAACGCGACCUGGCCGACCUGAAAUCCUCGCUGGUGAACGAGUCUGAGGGCAGCGGCAGCCCCGCCGCCGCCGCCGCCGACCCUGAGGCCAUCAGGCGUGUGCAGGAUCCGCAGAGGGUUUAUCAGGAGAAGCUCCCGGACCACAUGGAUGAUGGUAUGAAGCAUCAGGACCCAGGGAUGUAUAAAGGAUCUGCGUAUUCUGGCUACCCUUUCCUCAUGCUCUCAGACCCGUACCUGCCAAAUGGAUCUAUGUCACCUCUGUCCAACAAAGUUCCCGUUGUGCAGCCGUCCCAUGGAGUCCACCCGCUCACCCCACUCAUCCCUUACAGCAAUGACCAUUUCAGCCAUGGCUCCCACUCGCCCCACUUGCCCGCUGACAUCAACCAGAAACAAGGAGUGCACCGUCCUUCUCAGACCUCAGACAUCCCUGGUUUCUAUCCCCUGCCUCCUGGUGGAGUUGGACAGAUCACACCGUCGAUGGGAUGGCAGAGCCAGUCUGUCUAUCCGCUCCCGUCAUGUGGAUUUAGACAGCCGUAUUCGUCAGCACUUUCCACUGGGGCUUCUUUCUCCAGGUUCACUCACCCGUUGAUGCUGGGCUCUGGCAUGCACACCACUGGCAUCCCACACCCUGCCAUCGUGCCCCACUCCGGCAAGCAAGAGAUGGAGCACUAUGACCGUAACAUGAAACCUCAACCAGAACCAAAGAGAGAGAAGGAAGCCAAGAAGCCCACAAUCAAGAAGCCCCUGAAUGCUUUCAUGUUGUAUAUGAAAGAAAUGAGGGCCAAAGUCAUUGCCGAAUGCACCCUGAAGGAGAGUGCUGCCAUCAACCAGAUCCUGGGGAGGAGGUGGCACGCACUGUCCAGGGAGGAGCAGGCCAAGUACUAUGAACUGGCUCGGAAGGAACGGCAGCUCCACAUGCAGCUCUACCCAGGCUGGUCUGCCAGGGACAACUACGGGAAAAAGAAGAGACGAACACGGGAAAAGCAGCAAGAUUCCAACUCAGACAAGCUCGCAGCCCCCGCUGACUCCGCACACAGAGAACCGCCCGACCCCUUCCCCGUCUCCGCUCACCUCCAAACCGCCACCUGCUCCUCCUCCAGACUGACCACCCGCUCCUCUCCUGCGCCCACAGAGUCCCCAGCGUACAGCCUGGCCUCCUCGGGGACAUAGUCCCAGCUUCACCACCACGGUGGCCGGGACACUGGGCACUUGGCUCUCUCUCUGUCUCUCUCCCAAGUGGUUUCGCUGCCCGGUGAACAGGACCAAAAGCCCUGCCCAAAAUUCCCCAUCUCGCUGUAAAACGUGCAAAGUUAGGCAACAGGAUGGCAUAAAGAUGCUGGAAAACUCAUUUGGGGUUGAUUUUUUUGGGGUUUGUUUGGGUUUUUUUUUUAAAAAGGGAGGGUGAGGGUUAAAGAUAGAAAAACGAUUUCAAAACAGAACAAAAAGUUGAAAAAAAAAAAAAAUUGCCAAAACUUAAAGUGCUGAUGAGUAAACGAGCCUUUUGUCCCUGCCCUGUGCUG